UACUUCACGUCAGUUGCGAUUCAGGCGUGGGGGUGAGCUGACGUGUCUUGCAGCUCCAAAUAUUUUACGACUCGGUCGUCUGCGCGUGUUGUAAAGUUCAAAGUGGAAAGUGUCUUUAAAAGUGAACCGGUUAAAAUAAUAAUAACAACAUUAAAAGUUUUGUUAAGUAUUUAGAGUUUUCUGUUCAUGUCCGAAAAUGCAGACCGCUAGAAUGGUAAUCACUAUCCAUACAAACCAAUAGUGAAGUAAAUGAUAUCAAACGAAGAACUCAUCGAGAACAUUCUACAAUGGAACACUACUGCACGCUUACAGACCGAACUAAGCAUCCAGAACACAAGAGACGAAAAUUACAAUCACACCAACGAAGUAUACGAAAUUAUCAGUGCGGAGGACGCGGCCAUAGAAAACAUAACUAUGGGAUGCAGAAAUAACAGUGAGCUAUGUGUGUCAACGGAUUACGAUAGCGUAGAAAUAAGUGUAGUGAUUAUAUUGUUUGUUCUGAUCGUGGUGACUGUGAUAGGGAAUACGCUGAUCAUUUCGGCGGUAGUGACGACUAAACGACUAAGGACGGUGACUAACUGUUUUGUGACUAGUCUGGCGGCUGCUGACCUGUUGGUGGGCAUAUUCGUGAUGCCUCCUGCCAUCGCUGUACAUAUAACUGGUAAAUGGGAGCUCGGCUGGAUCCUCUGCGACAUCUGGAUCAGCCUGGACAUCCUGCUCUGCACGGCGUCCAUCCUGUCCCUCUGUGCCAUCAGCGUGGACCGGUACCUCGCCGUCACCAGGCCCCUGACGUACUCCCGGAGACGGAGGUCCAAGAAGCUGGCGUUGACCAUGAUAUUCUUCGUCUGGAUCGCAGCGGGCGCUAUCACUUGCCCGCCUAUGUUUGGAUGGUAUGAGCCAGACCACAACCAGGGCGGGGUGUGCCGCUACAACCAAAACGCGGGCUACGUGGUCUUCUCCGCCAUGGGCUCGUUCUUCCUGCCCAUGGCGGUCAUGGUGUACGUGUACGCGCGCAUCUCCUGCGUCGUGGCGCGGAGGCACCACCAGCUGCAUAGCUCCAGCAACAAGUGUAGUAAGAGAGCGAAGCUGGCCUGUAUACGGACGGAGUCGGACUCAGGUUCGGACAAGCUGUCUCUGAGACAGAGCGCGUCGAAACAUACGUCGAAAAACUCGAUGCAACACAGCGAAUGCUCCAGCCAGGGCGAGAAGUGCCCGUGCUGCUUCCGUCAAGACAGGAAGAAGAUUAAACGGAAGGAGCGAGAGUCGCGGUUCUACAACAACGAAGUGACGUUUAAGGCUAACUUUAAGUACAAAAGCACGGGUCGUCACCGAACGCAUUCGGUCAAAGAACAUUCGGAGAACAACAGAGUGUCGUCUUUAAGGCGGGAGACAAAGACCGCGCAAACUUUGAGCUUCGUGGUAGGGGGGUUUGUGGCGUGCUGGCUGCCUUUCUUCUUGUAUUACUUACUAACGCCAUUUAUUCCCAAUAAGUAUGUGAACCCGGUACUCAUGUAUAUCCUGACGUGGCUCGGCUGGUUCAACAGUGCGAUUAAUCCAUUUAUUUAUGCUUUCUACUCACCCGAUUUCCGGGUAGCGUUUUGGAGGCUCACGAUAAAGAAAUGUAAGAGAAAUAAACGUGAAGUAGUGUUUGGAUAAUGUUGGUCAAGAUAACAUCAAUCUUAUUUUGAAUCUCAACGAACUUAGGUACUAAUAUAACUAUUGUAAAAAUUAUAGAGUUAGAUAACUUUUACAGUAUUACGUA